ACAUACCCAUCCAGCAACACUCCACCGAACCCCCCCACUCUUAUUUCCGUCUCCGCCACAGCUACCUCGAGCUGUUCAUCCCAGAGGGAGGGGUUUGGUCUCUAGAAAAGCCGAUCUACCGCCAUGGCCAAGUUCGUUGCCUUCUUCCUCUUCGCUCUCUUCGCCAUCUCCAUGCUUCAGACAAUGGUUUCGGCUUCUCAAGGCGGCCAUCACUCCAACAGAAACCGAUAUGGCCCCGGCAGUCUGAAGAGUUUCCAAUGCCCAUCGGAGUGCACGAGGAGGUGCAGCAAGACUCAGUACCACAAGCCCUGCAUGUUCUUCUGCCAGAAGUGCUGCAAGAAGUGCCUGUGCGUGCCGCCGGGGUAUUAUGGUAAUAAAGCAGUCUGCCCCUGCUACAACAACUGGAAGACCAAGGAGGGCGGCCCCAAAUGCCCUUGAAAUUCAAAUGAAAUUCUUACCACCGUCCGACCGGUCACUGCUCCCUCUCUCCCCCCUUAAGUCUUAGCUAAUUACUAUUUUAUUAGUUGUGUCAUGCAUUUGUCUCUCUCUCUCUCUCUGCUCCCUGUGGCUGUGGUGCUGUAAUAUCCUUUUUGGGUUUUGAUUGUCUGCAGCGCUUAUGUAUCCCCAGUCUCUGUCACUCCAUCUUCCUGAAUGAGAGUGGCUUUUCUAUCAAUCCAUUAUUAUAUCACACUUCAUAUUUCCCA